CAGAUACUAGCACAGAAGGUGACACAGCUGAACCAAGAUUAAUCAUACCAUUAACUAGUGGAAGGGAUAGCAGAGAUAGAACAGCUGGUGUACCCUAUGCAAAGUUUGCACACUUAAAACAUACUUAUUAUACCAUUAAAACACACUUAAUUUAA